AUGUCUUCCAACGAGAGCUCCCCCUACACCAUCCCCUACACUGGCGCGCCUGGCCAGCAGGUCGCUGGCGUCAUUGUCCCCGCCUCCUCCAAGGAGACUGGACCUGCUGCCCAUCCCGCUGCUCCCCAGGACCAGAAGGACCAGGCCUCCUUCCAGCGCCCCGUUGUUGCUGAGGAGCCUUCUGCCCCCAACAUGGAUCACUCCAAGGGCGAGUCCAUGAUGAUGUCUGGCGCCAAUGGUAUGGGCGUUACCAGCGACUCCAACUCUGCUUCUCGCCGCAGCUCGGUUGUCCCCACCACUUCCACUGGUCCCUCUGACCGCAUUCCUGGUCGCUUUGCCUCUGCCUCUGCUGGCAAGGAUGGCAUUGCCACCAUUCUCCCAGAGCACCGUGGCUCCAAGGACAUCCACUCCUCCGAGAAGAAGGAGGACAAGACCCCCAAGGCCCAAGGCUCCCAGUCUCAGGGCACUGCUUCCUUUGGUCUGGAUGGUGCCUCGGACACCCCCAGGGUCUUGCGCAACCCGUACAUCAUUCCCAUCUCGGGUCGUCUCAGUCGCAAUGACAGCCCCAUGCUCUUCCGCGAGCUUCAGACUACUCGCUUCGAGAAUGAGCAGCUUCGUCAGAUGCUCCAUUCCUCCAACGUCGUGGCCUAUCAGUGGUACUGCAAGUGUGUCAACUCUAACAACCAGGUCAACGAGCUCAAGGCCGCCAAGGAUCUCCUUACCAGCACCGUCUUGAGCCUCAACUCCAAGGUUCAGCAGAUGGAUCCUGACAUGUACUGCAACCUUCCUGCCAGCCUCAAGGAGAUGUUGGAGGACAUCCGAGAGGAGUGGAAGUACGAUGAGUGGUACAAGGCCUUCAUCGACCCUGCCAGUGACGACUACGUUCCCCAGAACUGGAUCCUCGACAGCGACUUGGAGGAGGAGGUCCACGGCCUUGGCAUCAGCACUGCCUCCAGCCACGCUUCUGACGUCUAA